AUGGACCUAAUUAAUCAUUACUUCUACGUAGUUAUAGUUUAUCUUUUCUUUUUUUUUAAUGCAUACACUGGAAUAAAGGUGAACCCGAGGAAGGGCAUGUAUAGGUUAAACCGGGAUCAAAGAGGGAAUAUUUCAAUGGCCACGAUUAGCAGCAACAGCUGGAAUGAUCCCUCCUGCCACUGUUCUUUAAUGGGCCGAUGUUUCAACAAAAGAAAGUGUAACUUUUUGCUAUUCCUCCUAACGGGUAGUACAGUCAUGUCGGUCAUAAUAAUUGGUAUUUUUAUACAACGAGCUACUCACCUCCCACUUAUGGCCGAGGAGAAAAAAACAAUCGAAAGAAAAGGAAAUAUAAAGAAAGAAAACCCCAUAAAAGAAAUCGCAAAAAGAAUAAGGAAUAAUACAGAGUCGUCCCCUAUUAACGCAAACAAUGUGAUAUAG